AUGCCUCACCUGCCCUUCCUGACACUGCUCCUUUUUGUGAUGUCCUUCCCGUCCGCCUUUGUGAGCACUGCAAUUACAACAGCGCGUCACAGCAGUACUAUUUCAGAGGAGAUGAGGAGAACACAUGGGAAGACUUACGAAGGAGAGGUCACUUCUUAUGUGAUUAUAGCGUGCAUUAUUGCUGCAUCCGGAGGGGCAUUGUUUGGGUAUGACAAUGGGAUCACAGGUGGCGUCAUUUCCAUGCCGGGCUUUCUGGAGCAAUUUUUUCCAGAGCUUUUAGAUCCUUCAAGUAGCCAAGGGGGCAAUCAGGAUCCUUACUGCAAGUAUGACAGUUCAGUCCUGGAGUGGUUGACAUCCUCGCUGUUCAUUGCGGGUGUCUUUGCUGCACUUCCUGCCGGAUAUGCAACAAGGCACUGGGGCAGGAAGAAGACAAUGCUGCUGGCAGGGGUGCUCUUUGAUGUGGGGGUGCUGCUGACUGCGGGGGCAAUGAACAUCACAAUGCUUUUGUGUGGGAGGGUGCUACUAGGCAUCGCAGUUGCCUUUGCUUCGGUCUCUGUCACACUGUACAACAGUGAGAUGGCUCCGGCGCACCUCAGAGGCCGCCUCAACCAAAUCUUCCAGGUGAUUCUGACGCUGGGAGUGGUGUUGGCGCAAAUCAUCAACAUCUGGACGGGAAGGUUUCACCCAUGGGGUUGGAGGGUGUCACUGGGGCUUGCUGGGGUACCAGCCAUUGUGCUGACACUGGGCGGCAUAUUCCUGCCGGACACGCCCAACAGCCUCAUAGAGCGAGGAUUCGAGGAGGAGGGGCGGAAGGUGCUGCAGCGCAUCAGAGGCGUACAGGAUGUGGAUGAUGAGUUUGCUGACAUCAAGGCAGCAUGCGUCCAGGCCAAUGCAGUCACCAAUCCCUGGCGCGAGAUCCUGAAGCGGAAAUCACGGCCGCAGCUGUUUGUUGCCCUGACAGCCACCUUCUUUCAGCAGUGGACCGGCAUCAACACAGUCAUCUUCUAUGCGCCACAGCUCUUCAUUUCGCUGGGAACCGGGCGCAGAGCAGCUCUGCUGGCCACAAUUGUGACCGGCGUGGUGAAUCAUUUUGCCACAUAUGUUUCGCUGUGGGCUGCGGACAGCUUUGGGAGAAGGAUCCUCUUCCUGGAGGGAGGCGUCCAGAUGCUGCUGGCUCUGGUGGGCAUUGGGGCGACGCUGGUGCUGGCAGGAGCGCAGCCGAUGGCGGCGUGGAUAGCACUCUUCUUCAUGUGCUUCUACAUCUGCGCAUACGCGUGGUCGUGGGGGCCGCUGCCCUGGCUGUACGCUGCAGAAGUGCAGUUUCUGGAGACCCGGUCUGCCGGACAGAGCAUAGCCACCCUCAUCAACCUGCUGUUCUCCUUUGUCAUCGGCCAGACGUAUCUGUCCAUGCUGUGCGUCUUCAAGUGGGGCAUUUUCAUGUUCUUCGCGGGCAUGGUCCUCAUCAUGACAGUGGUGGUGGCCGCCUUCUACCCGGAGACCAAAGGGUUGCCCAUCGAGGAGACGCCGCACGUCUUUGCAGACCACUGGUAUGCCAUCUGGCCCCUAGGCAUUACUUGUGUGUGA